GCUUCACUUCAGUAGUAGUCGCAGCAUCCCGUCGCGUCGUGCCCUUCGAGCAUACCGUUGCCCCGUCCGCGGCUGUUCGCUCUUCGAUCUUUCGCUCGCUUUCUUCCGGCACUGUGCGCUCCGCCAGUGUCGAAUCUUGUGCUUGGUGCUCGAUACGGAGUAGUAGCGAGAAGGCAGGCUAGGUCGGUCAGUUUGAGUGUGAAGCAGCGCGGUCUUCGAGCCUUGAGUCUCGCUAGCACAGCUGUAUGAGGCUGGCGGCUGCCGAGCGAGGGGAGAUUCGCGCGGGCAAGCUGAUCGAACGACAGAGUCCGCUGGCCGACACAAGCACGCUGGGCAAAUCAGCCAAGUUGAGUUCACGAGUCGACGAGCUUAUCGUCGAAGGCUAUUGCCGUGAAUGCAAUAGAAUGGCCACAGUCCCACAGGGAGCUUUCGCAGUGCUGCAGGUCCGUAAGAAUUCGGAGCGCCCGUUUCCCGCCAAGUUUUAUCACGAGCAGGAGAAGGAGACCAAGGAUAGCAAGAACGUCGGAUUCAACGCCAAAGUUCUUCAAGAAGGCAGAGAGUUGACGCCGCUCAAGUACAACAGCAAGUUGAUGAACAGCAUCUGGGGUCUGUACAAUCGUUACUCGGUGCACAACUUCAAAAAGAUCGACGCCAACGAGGCGGGCCUUUUGGCCUGGGGUCUGAACCCCGCCGAGGCCACCGCCAGCAAAGCACCGGUCGUCAGCGCCGGCCAUUGAUGUCGGAGGAUCUUAGUCUGUAUUGUAACUGAUAUUAUAAUAUCGAUAAUCUCAUUAGACGAUAUCUUUGUCCUCGAAGCUCUUUUUCUCUCGCUUCCCAGACAGAGAAAGACAGGAGCUGCUUCUACCUAUGUGCCUUGUCGUAAGCAAAGCAGCCUCGAGUUUGGAUGCGAGAGGCGUCCGCGAGGUGGCCGUACGACUUAAUUUAUCGCUGCAGUCCCUCCGCGCUUCGCCUCCCUGCAGUUCGUCCGCGACGACGACGAGCGCUCUUCGAAUACGUAUAGCCAUGAGAGCACCCAGUGCCAAUAUGUAUUAUAUGCCAUCCACGAUAAUAAUGCAUAUGUUAAAUACGUGUAUGAUUCUUGUUGUAGAUUCGUCUUCAGGAUUAUUAAAUGAGAUUUAUGUACCAAGUUGACAAA